AUGUCUCCUGUUGAAGCUUCUCAGUUGAACGACAUCGUUUUCCCGGAAGGCGGAACACAGAACGCGGAUGAACUAUUUCUAACGGGACUCGAAAUACGGAAUUCCACUCACCACUGUCGUCCUGAUUCGACGCUCAUUCAUCGGAUCACCAUGGAUUCUCCUGCUGUUCAACGAAAAAAAAUGCCAUCCCAAGAGGAGCCGGACACUCUCACUAGCCAUAUGUUCGACCAACUUCAAGGGGGUGCAGGUGAUCCUGUUUCUCGGGCCACUCUCAAUCACCUGGUGAGAAUCCAAAUUUUAUUAUCAUUCCCUUUUUCAUUUUCUACAUUUCAGGCUGAUGAAAUGAAAAACCAAGGAAUGUGGCCCAGUUUCAAUGUACCUUACACUGGGCCAGAUGGUAAUGAUAAUCCCUAUGAAAAUCCUCCAGAUGAUGAACCUCCAAUUGUUACUGCUGAUGAUGGUAGAGAAGCUGGCAGUCCGAGUGAUCACGAAGAUGUGGAUUUACAUGAUAAUUAUGAUAUUGAUCCAAACCUGGAAUAUGUUAUUUACACAUCUGAAAACUUACUGGAUCCAGAUGUCAUGGAUCAAGGUGGUGAAGAGCAGGAAAUGAUGAGCAUGAUAAAUGACGAAUUUCAAACAAGCAGUGGCAUGCUACCUUAUGAUGCUGUAAACAUGCUUCCUGAGAAUGAACCAGCUCCAAUAAAUAAUGAUGAGACAACCGUUGAACCGAUGGAAUUUGAGAAUGAUCCACCUGAAACUUUCUUUCCAAAUAAUGAGACAACUAUGGAACAUGAAGUGCUAAUUACAGAGAAUGGAUAUCACUUGAGUUCUUCAACAUCCUCGUCAUCCAACGUCUGUCAUGGUAUUGUUGUCACAUCUUUCCCAGGAGUCAUCGAAACUGAAGAUGGGGAGCAGGGAUCCAGUGCUCCGGCUCAACCUCCCAGGACAAGAGACUUCAACAGUCAGCAAGACCCAACCGUAGCAGACUUGUCACAACAAGUAGAAAAUUCUCUUCAUGUACCCGACGACUUGGAACUUGAUUCUUACGAUAAAAUCUUCUCAGGACCGUUACCGAUCCCUAAGUAUCGAACUGUUGGACCAAGCUCUUCCGACCACUGUUGUGACUUCCAACAUCAAUCAUGGUCUAGCACAGCUGAGGCGAUCCCAUCAAUUACAGACAGUGGAUAUCAGUCAGCCCUUCAACAUCAUCGCCAUCCAAUGUGUCUUUCACAGAAGUUAUGGAGACGGAACAUGGGGAGCCGACGUCCAGCCAAUGACAGGUACUGGCCAAAAAGUGCAAAUCACUCGGAAAUAUUUGAUAGUCAGCAACCGAAACAAUACUGUGAGCUGGAUAAGAAAGCAUCAGGAUCAUUACAUCAAGUCACUACCAAAUAUGAUUUUUCUGGAAGUGGGAUUAGUGAACCGUGGUCAUCUUACUAUGGUAUUGGUUUCCCACACCAACCACCGCCAAGCCUGACUGAUGCAAUCCCAAGUGACUCUGCUAAGCGGAAGCGCUCAUCGCCAAAUUCCUCGGAUCAGUUCCAUCAUCCGGCAAAAAAGUGUAAAUUGGAUGGAAGACAGUUACCUUGCAGUGAUCAGCAAGCAUGCUUUUCUAGCCCUGUAAACGUGUGCAUAUCUGAUUCUAUGCAAAAGCCAGUAAUCCAGGACCUUAGACAUGAGAACUCCGAUUUGAAUGCCACGGUAGCUAGGAAGACUGGUCGAAUUUCCAAAAAACAACAAACUGUCUGUUCACCUCCCGUGCAACAGUCAUAUGCACAGGAACAUCCUCUCGAUUUCCUCAGUCUGAAAUCAUUUCAAAAAUAUGAUGAAAAGAAGGAGAAGUACUUGAAAUGCAUGGGAAAAGGCGAUACGACAGAAGCCAAACGAGUUAGACAGCGUACCAACGUUGAGGAUGAGGGUGUCCGAAAAGAGAUGGAUCGAAAUUGCGACUACUCCAAAAAAUGUGCUAAAAAGAAAAAAGAUGCAAUCAACGAUGUAAUAUUGGAAUUUAUUGAGAAAGUCCAAGAAAUGGAAGAAGUCAUAUCAAUCGAGCGCGUUGCAAUUUCCUCAUUGGAAUUGUAUAAUUUUCUAGGAGGGAGAGUUGAUAACAGUGACUGCAAGGCUUAUGAAACAAAAAAACUGUUGUCCACUGGUUUUGGUUCACAAGCGGAACAAAAGGUUCAGGAAACUUGGAAGUUGUUUGGCCAAGCAAAAACCAAGUUUCAAUUGAAGGCACAAGAGUAUACAGCCGCGUCAAAAAACGCCGAGGGUCUUUCUAAAGAAGAAAAGAAGAAGACAACAGCUUCACCGGGUUCCGCAAGAUCAAGAGCGAAAUCAGAAAUGGAAUUUGCUGAGAUAAAUUAUGACAUAGUCUGUCUUGGCCUUAUCAUCUCGAAAAAAGCACAACUUUUGAUUGUGGCUCAUGAAUUUGCUAGGAGAUCCGUCAACAAGAUUGCUCCGAGAGCAAGCUCCAACACUGAGGAAAUAAUGAAAUGGGUCGAUCGAAAUGGAAAGACAAAAGAGUGGGAUGAACUCAAAUCAUUCGUGGAAGCAAAUCCGGAACUCCGUAGAUCGAACCUAUACAACUAA